AUGACUCAGACCUUGCCCGACAUAACCGCCAGCGAGGUGGCAUCGCUGUUGGAGAUGAGCUCCGCCUGUCAAGCCGGGCUUCUGCUCGGCUUCUCUCUUCUGCUGGUCUUGCUCUGUCCGGCCUCGGCCGGCCCGUGGAUCGACCUCAGCCACACAUACGACAAGGCCACACAGUACUGGCCGGGCUUACUCAAGUUCAACCUGAGCGAAGUGUUCAAGGGCCAGUUGGACGGCUACUGGCUGGAGUUGCACAACUUCGAGACCGCGGAGCAUGGCGGCACCCAUAUGGACGCGCCCAUGCAUUUCUCCAGGGGCGCCUGGACCAUGGACCAGAUCCCUGUCGAACGUUUUGUGGCACACGCGGCUCUGGUCAACAUCUCCGCCCGGAGUGGUGCUGACCCUGACACGACCUUGACCCCGGCCGACCUGAUCGCCUGGAAGGAGGCGCACGGCAACUGGCGCUACCCCACCAUCCUGCUGGUGUAUACCGGCUACGCUCACCACUGGGGCAACAGCACGCGCUACUGGGGUGUGACGCCCGAGAAGUUCAAGACGCAGAAAGCAGUGAAUGGUCAUGACCUUCACUUCCCCGCAUGA